GUUUUCUUUUCUUUAUUCUUCUCCAUUUAUGGCUCAAGAGCCACAGGUACAUAUGCUUUCAUUAUAUCACCUUGAUAUGUUCUAAUGAAACCUAGCUCCAAAUCCAUAGGGAUAUAAUCUGAUCUUUCAAGUUGUCCAGAGAAUGCAGGGAAGUUGGGUCACUGAGGUACAGGUCCGAAUGGACUGCAAUGGGUGUGUUCAGAAAGUCAAGAAGGCUUUGAAUGGAAUUCAUGGUAAGUAUGUAUUAACUGGUUGUGAGAACCUUAAGCUUUCAAUAUCUUUUUUCACCUUCUGGAAAAGCUAUUUUGUGCCAGUAGUGGGAAAAUUCAUCAAGUACAUGGGAGCAGGUUUAUAGUCUUUUGAGGUGGCUUUGAUGCCUCCUCCGAUUGAGGUCCGGCUUUUAACGGCCAACUUUCAGCUGUUGUUGGUAGGCAUCUUUUAUGAGCUAAAAGUGGUCAAGUGGUCAUGUAUAGACAUAGUAAACAUUAUUUGAAAAAAAUCAUGAAUAUAUUGUGUAAAUUCACUUUACGUCUGCAUUUCAUUACACUAUAUUAUGUUUCAUUGGGAUUUACCACACAUUAUUAUGAUAACACAUGGAAUGUGUAAAGAUUAAAGUGCAUGCAUCCUUCGAUAACACAUAGAAAAUGUCAUCAUCAAAUUAUCAUGUCAUAUACUCUCAUUGUAUAUUUGUAUAGCUGGCCUCUCUAGUUUGAUGGCAUGAAGAUUGAAGGAACAAUGAUAUGUGCAGAUAGGAGUCUAGGGACUAUGAUGAGUUUCCGUAUAUACCCUUGAUGAGUUAAAAAAAUACUUAACUCAUUGAGAGUAAGUAAAGUUACCAUACUCCUUGCAUCCUUAUAGGUAUAUAUCAUUUUUCGUGUUGAAAAUGACAUGUUUUGAUCUUUGUUGCAGGUAUCUCUGAACUAUACAUUGAUUUUCCUCAGCAGAGGAUUACCUUAGUGGGGAGUGCAGAUCCUGAAAUGAUAGUGAAGGCAAUCAAGAAAAUCAGAAAAAGGGCAAUCAUAUGCUCUCAUACAGAACUGCCACAGGAAAAACCAUCUCAGUCGCAGGAGGUACCUCCGGAGGGUGGCGGUGGCAGCGGGUCACCGUCCAAUGAGUCUGUUAAUCCUCCGGCAGAAGCUCCACCAGAUGAAGCAAGACCACCAAUGGAGCCACCGAAAGAUCCAACACCUCAGGAGAUUAAUCAAAAGACUGUGGAAGAAAAGCCAUGUCCUGAAACAACCGUGAGAAUGACCAACAAAAACCAUAGAGAUGUUGAAGACGUUCAACGAGUAGUAUACAACCAUCCAGCAGACUAUUACAGUUACGGAUAUGGUGGGGGAGAACCGCAAUGGAAUUACCAUCACCCACGUGGCGCCGGUAUGGGACUCGGACACCAACCGCCUCCAAGUGGUCCACGGCUCCGACAUGAGCCCACACCUCUUCCUCCAACCACCAAUAGUUCGAAGCUCAUAUAUGAACCACCACUGCUGCCAAAUAUUAAUACUUUAAGGUUUAUGCAUGAAUCACAACCUCCACCUUCCAGAAGUUCAAGAAAAUGCCAAGAACCACAACCCCAAAAUCCAGAAUCCAAACAUGAUCGUGGACAAGAAACGUGCAACAAUCCCGAGUUCAAAUAUGACCCCAAUUUGAUCCAAAAGGGGUCACAUUACAGACAAGAACCGCUGCCACACUCGAGUAGUAGUUUAAGACUCAAACCACAAGAACAACCGGCACCACCCAACAAUCCAGAACCCAAAUAUGACCGUCGACAAGAACCACCAUACAAUCCGGAUUUCAAAUAUGAUCCAUACAUGAACCAAAAUGGUUCACGGUUCAGACAAGAACCGGUUCCAUACCUGAGUAGUAGUAGUAGCAGUUCAAGGUUGAAGCAGCAAGAGCCAACCCCGCCACCACCACCACCUUACAACGCGGGUGAAUCCAAAAAAGAUCCAUCAAUGUUGUACCAAAAUGGAAUGGAUUUCAGACAAAUAAAAGAACCACUAUCAUCACCCUACUACAGUUCAGAGUUCAGAAGGGACCCACCUACACAGCGACCUGUAUAUGUCUCGCAUAGCUACAAUGCCUACAAGCCACCGCCUUAUGUAACUGGAUAUGAGUUUGCCCGGUCACAACCUCCCAGACAAAUGUAUAACAGUGGGCCUAACCCAUACACAGACAAUAUGUACCCUAUACCAAGGCCUUACACUGGUUAUGAUUAUGCUCACCCACGCAAUUCUCCUCCAGAUCAUUAUUCAGAGGAUAAUCGCAAUGGGAAUAAUAGUGAUGGAAAUAUGUCCUCCAUUUUUAGCGAAGAAAAUCCGAAUGCAUGCACAAUAUCAUAGUAACUGGUAGCAUACUUUGCUCAAAGUGCUAGAAUUCAAAGAACCUUGUGCAAUUGUCAAGGAGAAGAUAUGAUAAGCUUCAAAACUCAAAAGGCAAAAGGGAAUUUAUUCCUCGGUCCACUUAGACUUCUAGGCAUGUGUAUUACACUAUUACCCACCAGACAAUUCAUUUCUUUUGUACAAUAAAAACAACUUUAUUCUUGGAAUACAUUCUGCAACUAAAACUUCAUGGACAAGGC